AACAAGCCCGCUACAAGGCGUGGUAUCCUGUCUGUUGUUAGCUCAGUUUAUGAUCCACUUGGUUUUCUAGCACCUGCUUUACUGCCAGCAAAGCUUAUUCUAAGAGACUUAUGUAAAGAGAAAUGUGGGUGGGAUGAAGAAGUAGAAGUCAAACACAUUCAGAAAUGGAAAAAAUGGAUGGAUGAUUUGAAGUUACUUACAGACUAUAAAGUGAACAGAUGCUUCAAACCUACUGGGUUUGGAACCAUAAAGACAGCACAAAUGCACCAUUUUGCAGAUGCUAGUGAAGAUGGAUAUGGCACUGUCACCUAUCUUGUUUUAACAAAUGAAGAGGGCAAAAGGCAUUGUUCAUUCCUGAUGGGCAAGUCAAGAGUUGCACCAUUGAAACAGGUCACAAUUCCAAGAAUGGAGCUGACAGCAGCAGUUGUGGCAGUUAAAAUGGACAAAAUGCUUAAAGGUGAGCUUCAAAUGCCCUUACAAGAAUCUACAUUUUGGACUGACAGCACCACGGUGCUAAAAUACAUCUCAAAUGAAAGCACUAGAUUCAAGACCUUUGUUGCAAACAGAAUCUCUGUGAUCAGAGAUCAUUCACAACCUUCACAGUGGAGGUAUGUCACAUCUGUCCUUAAUCCGCUGAUCAAGCUCAAGAGGGCUGAGGAGGAGGCUGCACUGAAGGAGCUAUACAAUAUGAUCAAAGAGCAUGAAAACACAUAUCCUGACUCCGUUGUUAUUAUUCUGGGAGAUUUUAACCAUUGCAAUCUCCGGAAAAACAUGCAUCAGUUUAUGACCUUCCCCAAUAGGGGAAAUAAAACACUGGACCACUAUGGCAACGUCAGAAACGCCUUUUCAGCUGAACCAAAACCUCAUUUUGGAAAAUCUAAUCACCUGGCGAUCCGGCUCAAUCCAGUUUACAACAAAAGGCUCAAGACAAAGCCAGUCAUAGUCAGGACCAUUUAA